UGUCAAUAAAAACACCAAUGGAUGAAAACCAGACAAUUCACAACAGAACAACAACAUGACUUGUCUGAAUGCAAAACUACUCUUCUCUUUCCUCCUCGUCUUCCUCCCAACCUUCACGGUUUCCACCUUGUUGUUUCAGGGUUUCAAGUGGGAAUCAUGGAUGAAAGAAGGAGGAUUCUACAACUCUCUCCACAACUCCAUCGACGACCUCAGCAGCUCUGGAAUCACUCAUAUCUGGCUUCCACCUCCUUCUCAAUCCGUUUCUCCUGAAGGGUACUUACCUGGAAAGCUAUACGAUCUAAACAGCUCCACGUACGGUUCGGAGACGGAACUGAAGUCUUUGAUCGCAGCGCUGAAACAGAAAGGGAUCAAAUCUGUGGCUGAUAUCGUGAUCAACCACAGAACGGCUGCGAGGAAAGACGAUCGCUGUGGCUACUGUUUCUUCGAAGGCGGGACUUCCGAUGAUCGUUUAGAUUGGGAUCCUUCCCACAUCUGUCGCGGCGAUACUAACUACGCCGGUACCGGAAACCCUGACACCGGGGAAGAUUAUAAGCCGGCCCCGGACAUCGACCACCUUAACCCCAGGGUUCAGAAAGAGCUGUCGGAAUGGAUGAACUGGCUCAAAUCUGAGAUCGGGUUCAGUGGUUGGAGAUUCGAUUUUGUUAGAGGCUAUGCAGCUUCCGUCACCAAAUCAUACGUUCAGAAUACUUCACCCGAUUUUGCGGUUGGUGAGAAAUGGGACGAUAUGAAGUACGGAGGAGAUGGUAAACUGGAGUAUGAUCAAGAGGAGCAUCGGUCGGGUCUUAAACACUGGAUCGAGGAAGGUGGUGGUGGUGUACUGACAGCUUUUGAUUUCACGACCAAAGGGAUCUUACAGUCUGCAGUAGGAGGUGAGCUUUGGAGACUAAAAGACUCCCAGGGAAAGCCACCUGGUCUUAUCGGAAUCAUGCCCGGAAACGCAGUGACGUUCGUGGAUAACCAUGACACUAUCAGACCAAACUCGUGGGCUUUUCCUUCGGAUAAAGUCUUGCUUGGAUACGUUUAUAUUCUUACUCACCCUGGCACUCCUUGCAUCUUUUAUAGUCAUUACAUAGAAUGGGGUCUAAAAGAUAGUAUCUCGAAGUUGGUGGCGAUCAGGAAUAGAAAUGGUAUUGGUAGUACAAGCUCUGUUAUGAUCAAAGCGGCCGAGGCGGAGCUCUACGUGGCUAUGAUUGAUGAAAAGGUUAUCAUGAAGAUUGGGCCAAAAAUGGAUUUAGGAACUCUCGUUCCUGCAAAUUAUGCUUUAGCUUAUUCAGGUCUUGAUUGUGCUGUAUGGGAGAAGAAAUGAUGCAAGUACUGGAUUUUUCAAUAAGAAAAAGGAGUAAUCAGUGUAUCUUUUUCCUUUCUAUAAAAAAGAAAAUAUUAUGGUGGUAUUAAGAUUUAAAUAAUGAAUCUAAUAGCUCCCUAAGCAUUUCAGCAAAAGAAAAAACUUUAUGAGCAAAAUAAGCAAAUAUGGUGGAAGAUUGGCUGGAUUAUAGUUCCAAACAGCUAUAAAAUUUCCGUUGUAGAUAAGCUGGUUUUAACUAAACUUUUUUGUAACUUUUUUUUGAUAUAGUCAACGUGGUUAUAUUUAUAAAAUUUAAAUUAAAGAUAUUUAAAAUAAAACAUGUAAAAUAUGGGAAAGGGGUCAAGGAUGGUGUAAUUAAUAAUGGGGGCCCAUCAAUCAAUAUGUAAAACAUGGAAACGGGUCACCUGAUUUCUCUAACAGUGUGUGUGGGACAUUGACGUCAAUGACUUUACAUCUCCUCUCUCGCUCUCGCAUUGUUGAUUGAUUCUCCAAAGGAAGUCUCCCUCUCUUUACCUACAUUCGGAAUCUAAACCAGAGAGGGUUGAAACAUGUUUCUGAAAGUGGAGCUACCAUGGAACGUGAUGAUUCCAGCUGCAAACAUGGGUGAGAAAGGUCUGAUGCUCAAGAGGUCUAUUAUGACACAGUUGCUGGACGCGUUUACUGCAAAGAAAGCAACCAAGGAGCUCGGCUACUACCUGGGAGUCACAUCUUUGAACAAGAUCGGGCAGGGGAAAAUCAGGGAGCACACCGGUGAAGUGAUGUUCCCGGUUGUUUUCACCGGGAUAACUUUCAAGAUCUCCCAAGGAGAGAUACUCGAGGGUGUGGUGCACAGGGUGCUGAAGCAGGGUGUCUUCUUGAAGUGUGGUCCGGUUGAGAACGUUUACAUCCACUGUCUGAAGAUGCCCGAUUACAAGUACAUCCCGGGAGAGAACCCGAUCUUCAUGGAUGAGAAGAUGUCGAGGAUUCAGGUUGAGACUAGGGUUAGAUUUGUGGUGAUCGGUGCGAGGUGGAUGGAGGUGGAGAAAGAGUUUCAGGCGUUGGCUAGCCUUGAAGGAGACUAUCUUGGACCAAUCUCUGAAGAGUGAUCUGCUUUGUUUCCUCAUGUGAUGUUGUUUUUAGGGAAUUUCUACGUGUUAUAACUUGAGUCUUUUAGUUUAUGACUUUACCUUUUGGUAACUACUCUUUAGUUGUGCAAAUAAUUAAUGAACCUUGAUCUUUGAAUGUUAA